UAUAUCAUCUUGAUUUAUUCAUUCAAGUAUUGAAAAAUGGCGGAAGGAGAUCAACAUAGUUGUGCAUUAUUUGUAGUACCCGUAGUGUCCAUCCUUAUCGUCAUGACCUGUGCCGCAAAAAUAGAAUCCACUUGUGCCAAGCUUAACAGCGGCCAAGUCUUUACUAUCUCAAUCAUUAUUCUAAUGCCUGUGUUCGCCAUAGCGUACUCUCUCUCAAUAUGCGGUAGGCCCAGCGAGAACGACGUCGACUUCGAUAUUACGGCCCACAACAAGAAAUGGACGCUGAUUUUUAUUGUGGCCGUGUUUAUCGUCUUCGCCUUGUCCGCAGGCAAGCUUGUUAGGCUGUCCAAGGUCAUCGGGAGAUCAUCGGCCGUUUCCCCGAAUCCGGUGCCGGGCCGGCCGGCUUACAAGGAAUACCGUCUCGAUCAGUUCCCCGCCUCAUUUCGAGACGGGGUACUUGCCCAGUGGAAUGGUUCCGUCUCACACUGUCUCAUUUUUUAUGUUUCCUGCGAUGUCGUGAAUGCCACCUAUGACUCGCUCUUACGACUAUCAACUGCGCCUCUCACUGCCUUAGAGUCUGGAUGUUGCCUUCCACCUCAAAACUGUAGCUUCACAUUCGUGAGCCCAAUAUAUUGGACAAGCAAUCAAACAUCACCGUUAGGUGGCGAUUGCUCAAACUGGAACAAUGAUCAACUUUGCUUCUAUUGCGAUUCUUGCAAAGCAGCACUACUAGCUCAUAUCACAACAAGUCUCAGAAAAGUAAACAAACUCACAAUUAGUGGCAUUGUGAUUUGUGGUGUAUUCUUUCUUUACUCCAUUUGGUUUCUGGUUGUCUACGCCAACAAUAUUGAGCCUGAGGCAUGAUUUUGGAAUGCAUAUUUCCUUGAUCAUUCUCAAGUUUUAUCAUGUAUGUCUUGUAUCCACACUCAUUUUACUAGAGAAAAUUGCUAGUAAUAUGACUAAAAGAGACGAUGAUUCCUGAAUUAUGAGUAAUUAGUUUUUGUAUUCCUGAA